CUCUCGAUGCCAUUCGAGGCUGUGGGCGUUCUGUUGAUGUUGGUGGCCACAAUGUUCGCCCUCAUUGGACACUUCAACAGUGACCACAAGACUCUGGUCGCUUGCGGCCUCUACAUUCUAGGAGGUCUGUCGCUGGGUGGUGGUCUUGUCAUAUUUGCCUCGGUGCUGAGUGACGCCUACCUUGACCGACCCCGAAGACAGGUGUCUGUCACGGCGUACAACAACCCCUCUAACUUGUUUGACUACCGAUACGGCUGGUCCUUCUUCGCCGCAGGAGCUGCCUUCAUCAUGGCUGAACUUGCCGCUCUGCUGUCCAUAACAGCAUAUCUCAGGCGCUUUCCCACAGUUGAGGACAUGGUCCGUGUGAUGGUACCCGGAGCUGAGAGACGUCUACGGCAGGGUUCUGCGGGCGAGUACCUUGUCCAACACCACAGUUCAGGCGGCAGGAGGCGUCAAAACGGUCCUCCCAGUCUGUGGAGUGGCAGUAGCAUGGAGUACUACGGGGCACUAGUCGCCAGUGACGUGGAGGGCGUUGAAGGGCCUCUCAGUAACACUGCUCCAGACAUAUGUACCACGAAUCCAACCAGAGAUGGAGGCAACGCUCCUACAAGUGUUCUGGUCUCCGCAGCGGACUCUGCUCUACCUCCAGGGAAACCCCCGCAGACUGACACAACUCCAGCGAUGAAUGAAUACGACGCUCCUCUAGUAGGAGUCACCGUCCCGAUAACGCUCAUGAGACAGCAGCCACUCGUGACCACGAAGCCGACAACCGCACCCGACACGGUGCCAACGCCUUUCCUGUUUGCUCAGCAACUUCAGCGGUUCGGUGGAGCAGCGCAGGGAACUCUGGUGCACCAAGGGGUGCUGGGUGUGUCUGAGGGUGGGGCCUCAACGUCCUCAAGCAGCUCGGGGGGCACGACGACGGGUAGUUGUCACAGUAGCAUUAGCAAGUACUCCACACUGCCGAUACAACACAGAAGAAAGAGUGUUACCAUUAGCACAUUCAGUACGAUGCAGUCUGCUGCCGGAGGCACGUGGAGUAAUAGCGAGGUAUGACGCCAGGACCCUGGCAUUUAGCAGCAGCCGUUCCCAGAAGAGGAAACGAGGCUGUAGUAAGAACACUGAAUUUGAACAAAAGUAUGACACAACUCCAACCGGAAAUAGCGCUACCAGCGUAUGUUGUUACGCAGAUGUAGAAUUGUAACGCAUAACGUGUCCACUGACUAUUGUUGCUUAGGUACAGCGAGAUAUUUGUUUAAGUUUUCGAUAUAUGGAAUGAUUUAUGAAUUUUCACAGCAACGUUUUAUAACUUCCUGAAGAAACCCCAGUUUCUGAGUUCAUUUCCAGUUAAAGAAAUAAGUUUCGCAUCUAAUGAGCUGGAAAACGUUACGAAGCAACACGCAGCUGAUUCCUUCUCUAAGGCUUCAGAGUCACUUAAGAAAUUCAUCGCUUUUAUGGUACCCGGGCUGCUUUCACAUCGCCCACCGGCGAACAGAAGCCCUGUGUGGUCACGGUCCAUGUCUCCUUCUCCAAACUGUCUCGUCCAGUUCAUGUUACCUGAUCAACAUUUUUAUGCAUUUCUCGUCCUCCUUAAAUUUCCUGCAUUGUCCAUUCAUUUCAUCUUCCUUGAUUUGAUCAUUCUAACAAUAUUUGAUGGAGAAUAGAAAUUUUUAAGCUCCACACCGCAACAUUCUCGGACCACACGUCACUUCCUGUCUCCUGGGCCUUUCAUCAUCAGUUUUUACUCAGACACCUUCGGGCGAAUGUUUAAAUUUCAUAAAAAAAUAAAAACAAAAAACAUACUCCGUGGCUUGAGUCCGCAAGCGAACUAUACUCACAUAUAAAAUAAAAGGUGAAAUUAUAAAUUUGUAUAUUUUAAUUCUUACGUUUUUGUGGAAGACAAGAAGUAAAAGAAUAAUUUAAACUGAAUGCUAGCAAGCAUUCUCUGAAUACAUUCUCUUAAACGUAAUUUUUCUUUAUUGCUGACCCUCCCAGUAUUUUUUUUAAUUCGCUUAGUGGGGGGUGGAAUC